AUGUACCAAGACAGCCGGUCAAACCACAGUGGUUGUGGCAGCAGUGGCAGUUUGGAUGAAAGCGACCACCAACGUCUGAUCUCAGAUUUUGCAACACGAGCUAUUGCGGCCCACCGUCAGUGCGUUGCUAACGGUCGAGUGCUCAACAACCUGCCCAAGUCUGAGUCCAACAUCACGUUUCUCUCAGAUGAAAACCCCCUGACAAUCAAAAACCCCAUCUACCAUGAGGAUGGCACUUUGAGUAGCCCAGAGACUCUUGGGAAAAGCCAGAGGAGAAAAGACCUUCUUGGGGAUGUAUCCCCUUCCAGGAGAGGAAUCCGAGAGGCCUGGCUGAGGCUUAGUUCCUCUGGAGGAGAUAUGGGGUUCGGAGGUUACAGUGGCAGUGACAGUGGCUGGGGAUCAGGAGGUGGAUACAGCUGGACUCUCCCAUCAAGGUUACAUCGAAGGGAGAUGUACGACACUUUGAGACGCCAAGUGGUCAUGGAUCCCAUCCAGUGGGAGCUGGAGCUUAUGAAGGCUGAAUUCAAGGACAGUAAAGAUGCCGGUCUGGAUUCAGGAUUUGAGCGUGGGUUGGAUUCAGACAUGGGGAGUCCCAGUCUGGAACCCAAGCUGACAGUCAAAGAGCAAGCCCGGCAGUUUGAGCAACAGGCGCUCCAGGAAAUGAGGCAAAGGCAAAACAGAGGUUCACGAGGAUCUCUGUCGCCGGACAUCCUACUUUCUAUUUACCCGGAUUCUCCUCUAAAUCAAAAGCACACCCCUACCCACUAUGUUAUGAAUCCUCAGACCAGAGAGGGUCCCCCGAGCAUCAUCGUCACCCAAAACGACGGAGGUACCCCUCCACCGUGUCACAAGCCAACCCCUCCUGUGCUGCGGCGCUUUGGGGCAAAUUUAACCGGGAAUCAGAGUGCGGAGGAAACCGUUCACGUCCAUUUGGAGGUUAUCCCGGAUCCUCCAUCAACUCCCCCGCCACCACCACCAACACCUCCACCCCCACCCCCACCACCUCCACCCCCACCACCUCUACCUCCCACAUCUGCUCCUCUACCACCAGCAUCUCAACCACCGCACCACCCUUCCACCCCUCCUCCUCUCCCUCCCUCUUCCAACCAUACAGGAAACCAGACUCCUCCUCCUCCGCCACCACCUCCCAUGCCUCCACCUCCACCUCCCCCGCCUCCACCUCUCCCUCCCCCUUUUUCGCCCUCGCUUCUGUGUCCUUCCACCUUUGUCCUCCCAGCGCUCUCUGAGGCACCGACCCUGCGCCCGCUGUCCCUCCGGCCGCCACCGCCGCCCCUCCCUCUGGAGACCGAAUUUCCCCGAAAAGAGCUGAAAGGAAUCUUAAAGAACAUCCAAAACAUAGCUGACAUCGAGAAGUCGGUGGCCAACAUGUUCAGUCAAAUAGAUCAGAAACAGAUCCCCCUCAAGAAGGUGCUGAAGAGCCGACCCUCUGAGGACUCUCUUGAUUCGUUCGUCGUGCUAGCAUCAGAGGGAGGAGAGGGAGGUAAGGAAGGAGAGGGAGAAGUAGAUGCUCCUCCAACCUCACUUCGACAGAUUCAGCCCAAUUCAAACAUGAACUCCAUCGUGGAGGAACUUGAGAAGCGAUUCCCUUCUCAGUCUACAAUACUCUAGCCUUUGCCUUUAUGAUGUGGAACGCACACAGAGGGGAAUUUCUCAACAAUGUUGCGUAGUUGGCGCGCAGCAAUCAGGGGACUGUUGCUCGAAAUAGCUCAGUGUGAUGCUGUGAUGAUUCCUUGCCGCGCUGCGACUGUGCUCUUGCAACAGGACUUCAUGUUUUCUACACAAGGAAUGAAAAAGAACUUGGCCUGAUACAAACU